CACGACGACGCAUUGCGAAUGCCGACAACCAUCGCACCGCCACGAAACGUUUUGAGACUCGAACCAUAUAUUUCAUACAUUUGCUAUUCACCUUAACUAAGCAGGCCACGUUGAAGCCGUUAAGAUGAGUGGUAACAAGAUGUGGGAGGUCGAUCCGGAGACUCGGAGCAAACUCCAGGCGAUAGCAAAGACGAAUGGUAACAACAAGUGCGUCGACUGUGGAGCGCCGAGUCCUCAAUGGGCUUCGCCUAAGCUGGGCAUCUUCUUUUGCCUCGCGUGCUCCGGAAUUCACCGAUCAUUGGGCGUACACAUCUCCUUCGUGCGCUCAGUCACCAUGGACGCCUUCAAAACUGCCGAAGUACGGCGGAUGGAGCUCGGCGGUAACGAGCCUUGGGUAAACUUCUUCAACGAACACAAUAGCAACACUCUUGUUGGACGCGACUUCGAGAGUUGCACUAUCGCCGAAAGAUAUGAUAGCGAGGCGGGCGAGGAAUGGAAAGAGCGAUUGACAGCAAAGGUCGAGGGAGUGGAAUACGUGCCUGGCGUGCCCAAACCGAAGGCGAAACCUGCACCUGUCACCAACAAUGCAGCGUCAUCGCUGUCAAGUUCGGGGCGGAAUACUCCUCUCUCAAAUACACGAUCGUCGGCAGCUCCUCAACGGACAGUUUCGCCCUCACAAAAGGCGCAAAACGAGGCAUACUUCUCUCGUAUGGGCGAAGCGAAUGCUGGUCGGCCAGCUGAUCUUCCACCAAACCAGGGCGGGAAGUACGCAGGCUUCGGCUCUUCAACAAUGCCACAAUCCUCCACAUCAUCUGGGGGCAUCCCCUCGACAGAUGAAUUCCAAAAGGAUCCAUUGGCCGCUCUAACAAAAGGAUUCGGCUGGCUCUCAAGCACUGUGACGAAGCAAGCGGCAACCGUCAACUCACAGUACAUCCAACCAGGCAUGAAAAGCAUCGCGGACGGCGAAUUCGCCGCGCAAGCACGCGCGACGGCAUUGCAACUGGGCACUACAGUACAGCAAGGCACAAAAGGACUAGGCGACCAAUUCAACAAGUUCGUCGACCCGGACGCGCACAACGGACCCGGCGGCCGAGCAGCGCCCGUCGACCCAGGCAAACGCGACUUUUGGGACUCCUUUGGAGCCGAUCCAGCCGGUCCGCCGAAAGAGAAGAAGGAUUUCUGGGAUGAUUUCGCCGCGGCAGGAGAGGCCGUGGGUCAACAGCAGAAGCCCAAACCGACGAGUAUUGGCACAAGUGCGAUGAAACCUGCGAGCACAACUCCUACGACGGGCGGCGCAUCCGCCUCAGGGGCGAAGGAAGACAGUGGGUGGAGUGAUUGGUAG